GCGAGCAGCUGCCCGCCUCUGCCUCGCAGCUCCUGUAACCUGACACUUCUAACUGAGCCACAGCCGACCUCUGCAGCCCUCUCCUCCCAGCGGCCCGCCGCCUCUCCUGCCAGCCUGCACCAAACCCUUCGCCCUCAGGGAGAACCAGAGACAGUCCCCCACCACCACCAUGGCAAGCACCCCUACAGUCCUCCUGCUGUGCGCCGGUGUCACCCUGUUGCUAGGGCGAGUUUUAGGUGAUGACUCUUUUAACUUAGAAGAUGCCCUCCCCGAUGGUACCACCUUGAGCCCAACUCCUGCAAAACCUCGCAAUCCCUCAGGUGGGAAAGGUACAGGGGAUUUUGAUAUCACAGAUUUAUUGGACUUUGACACCCCAUCAAAGAAGCAAACAACGACCAAAUCUCCCAAGGGAAUGACAACUACCAAAGCACCAAAGAAGGGAGCAGACAAUGAUGAUUUUAGCCUAUGGGAUCUUCUAACUACCAAACCUACAAAGGCUCCCAAACCCACCAAAAAACCACCAAAGAAGGACGCAAGUGACCUUGGCUUUGAUUUUAACCUGGAGGAUGCUCUUGGUGACAAUGACAAUGGCAAAGAAGGUCAAGGUGACUCAGGUCGCCCUUCCACUCCACGCCCUAAAGGAGACAAACGAAAAGCAGGUGCAUCUAACAUUUCAGAUAAAGACCUUGAAGACAUGUUGGAUGGCGGUAGCUACAACCCAGAUGACCCUCUGCCUCCCGAUGACCAGAAUCAAGUCGAUCUGCCGGAAACAACAAUCGCAGGGAUCGCCAGUGCUGUGGCUGCAGCGUUGUUAGGUGCAAUCUCCAGCUACAUUGCCUACCAGAAGAAGCAACUGUGCUUUAAAAUACAAGGGAGCCUUAAUCAACCAUAUGUGAAAGGGGAAAAUGUUGAAGCCGGGACAAUGUCUGAGCCACAAGCUGAGCGGAGCCUCCUGGAGACACAGUCAGAGAAGCCGCCAGCAGAUAAUACAAAUCAGGUCUAGAUCACAGUGUUGGAAGUGACAGCUUUUACCUGGAGACCAACCUCUGUUUAUAAUGGCUUUUUUUAAAAUUUAUUUAAAGUAAAAUGGCUGCUUAAUGGAAAGUCGUUCCUUAAAGCCGUAGAUUUGCCAUUUGCAUCUGUGUUGACUAGGUAUGGAAUAGUGGUUAGACUAGGUACAAUGUUGGUGUAAGUUCCACAUUAAAAGUAAUGGACAAUGUGAAAGUAUUUGGCUUGGAUGUGAGGAACUCGACAAGAUCCACUGUUUGCUUAAAGCAUGUAGUUUAAAGAUUUCUUUCUGAUGUUUUAUGAGAAAUGAACGUUAACAGACAGAUCUGUUGCAAUAGUAGGGAAGAGAGUGAGUACAAUGGGAUGCCAUUCAAAUGAACAUCCUGAGUUGGUGUUCAUGUAUCGGAGAUGGUGACUGAAUUAAAUACAUGAUGCAGUCAUUCCAGGCAUCAGCCUGUCCUUCCCCAUCAAACCAUUUCACAUAUAUGCAGAAAUAUGCCUAUCUAAAAGCUUCUUAGAUGCCUCUGUUGUAUGUGCCUCGAUCACCACCCCUGGCAGCACAUUCCAGGCACCCACCGCUCUCUGUGUGUGGAAAAAAAAAUCUUGCCCCGCACAUCUCCUUUGAACUUGCCCCCUCUCACCUUAAAUGCAUGCCCUCUAGUAUUAGAUAUUUCAGCCAUAGGUUCUGGGGAAAGCAGCUAAAGAUUAGUCAGGGACAGAGAACCCAGUGAACAGGAGCUAUAAAGUGUUCUUUGAAACCUGAAUCCUUCGUUCAUCUCAGAUAUUGAGAUCAAGUCAUCGCAAGCUGAACUUCAUGAGGAAUAGUCAGGAGCUGCCAUAGAUUGAAAAUCACACACUAAAUACUUUCAGAUAAUGCAAACCUUACAUCUGCCUGUUAAAUCCUCCAAUAAUAACCUCUGCUUGAAUUAUUUUACAUGACUGAUAGGGUGCACCUUUAGAAGAGUAAUGUUGAAUGCAGUUUUCUUGUGUAUAUAUUUUCUAAAAGACUGUGUUCAGCAUUUACUCUAUGGCUGGUUGAGCAAUUAGCUUGGAUCAGUGCCUGCUGCAUAAGGUGGGAAUAUCAAUCAGUUUUCACCACCACAGGACAUAAGCCACUACACUGUGCAAACACUAGCACACUAUUUAUCAUGUAUAAAGACUUGAAGCUGCUGGUGUGUGUUCCCCUUGAGUUUUGUUAGACAAUCUAUAUUAAUAGUCAUUUCUUGCGCACUUUCUGCAGGUAUCACAUUUGCAGUUUUUGGUGGGGGCGGGGGGGGGGGGGGAGUUGGUAGUUG